GCAUUUGUUAUAGCAUGCCAGAAACAAAGAUGGUAACCAAUAUUACACAUUUCUUUCCUGUGUCUACGGCAGUGGCUCUGCCCCUAAGAAAUAUGUCUGCACCCAUGAACAUGUUGUGUCUUGCAGUUAUAUAAGACUUCACGAGCAUAAAUUAGUAACGUUUUAGCUGCUCAUUUUUAAGCAUAUUACGGUACGCUUGUUUCACGUUUUUCCGCUAAUAAGCGACACAAGGAUUAAUGCUGACUACAGUCAAGAGACGGGAGGCGAUGGGCUGGUGUUGUUCUGUGUUUUUGUGACUCAACUUCCUGGGUGGAGGUGCUGUGGUGAGUGAGGAUAGUGGACGGAUAAAACGCUGCACCACCGGGGAAACAAAAGAAAUGUGUGUUUCAGAAUAUAAGGCAAAAUUACUGUGACAGCCGGAGCGGAGGUUGGCCCACAUGGCGCAGAGGGAGAGCUGGGUUACUGGUGAUUGUCGGAUUCACACACACAGGCGUGUCUCCCUCGUGCACCACCAAGCGCUGGAGUUCAGAUAACGCUGCCAACAGCAUUGGGAUAAGACAUGAUUCCCAUCACUGAGCUCCGUUACUUUGCUGACACCCAGCCUGCUUACCGGAUCCUGAAGCCAUGGUGGGAUGUCUUCACCGACUACAUCUCCAUCGUCAUGCUGAUGAUCGCUGUCUUUGGGGGAACGCUGCAGGUGACUCAGGACAAAAUGAUCUGCCUCCCUUGUAAAUGGGUGGUCAACAAAACCUGCGACCCCUUCUCACCCAAAAAGUACAUAAACAGUAGUGUUCGUCCUUCCCCCCUGGUCUACGAGCCCAAAGGGAUCCAGUAUGACCUGGAUCGACACCAGUACAACUAUGUGGAUGCUGUUUGUUACGAGAACAAACUGCACUGGUUUGCAAAGUAUUUCCCUUAUUUGGUUUUACUCCACACUCUAAUCUUCCUGGCUUGCAGUAACUUCUGGUUCAAGUUCCCCAGGACUAGCUCCAAACUAGAGCAUUUUGUAUCCAUCUUACUCAAGUGCUUUGACUCCCCUUGGACAACACGUGCUCUGUCCGAGACCGUGGUGGAGGAGAGUGAUCCAAAACCGGCCUUGGGGAAAAUGAAUGGAUCCAUGGAUAAGAAGGCUUCCUCUGUCAGUGAGGACGUGGAAGCCAGUGUGCCCAUGCUGCAGAGGACUAAGUCUCGCAUUGAGCAAGGGAUUGUAGAUCGCUCAGAGACGGGAGUCUUGGACAAAAAAGAGGGAGAGCAAGCGAAAGCCCUGUUUGAGAAGGUAAAGAAAUUCCGCACGCAUGUUGAGGAGGGUGACAUUGUCUAUAGGCUCUACAUCAGGCAAACUAUUAUCAAAGUAAUCAAGUUUAUUCUCAUAAUUUGCUACACUGGUUACUAUGUGAACAAUAUUAAAUUUGAUGUGGACUGCAGUGUUGAUAUCGAGAACCUCACGGGAUAUCAGAUGUACCGCUGUGCUCAUCCCUUGGCCACCCUCUUUAAAAUCCUGGCAUCCUUCUACAUCAGUCUGGUGGUGGUCUAUGGCUUAAUCUGUAUGUAUACCCUCUGCUGGAUGCUGCGGCGUUCUUUAAAGAAGUACUCCUUUGAAUCAAUCAGGGAGGAGAGCAGCUACAGUGACAUUCCCGAUGUAAAGAAUGACUUUGCUUUUAUGCUACACAUGAUUGACCAGUAUGACCCCCUGUACUCGAAACGUUUUGCAGUCUUCCUUUCCGAGGUGAGCGAGAACAAGCUGCGCCAGCUCAAUCUCAAUAACGAAUGGACCUUGGACAAGCUGCGUCAGAGGAUCACCAAGAACUCCCAUGAUAAGCUGGAGCUACAUCUCUUCAUGCUCAGUGGAAUACCGGACACGGUAUUUGAUCUCCUGGAAUUGGAAGUCCUCAAGCUGGAGCUAAUCCCGGAUGUUACAAUUCCGCCGAUCAUUGCCCAGCUCACUAAUUUGAAGGAAAUGUGGCUGUAUCACACUCCUGCUAAAAUUGAAGCUCCUGCUUUGGCCUUCCUGAGGGAAAACCUGAAAUCCUUGCAUAUCAAGUUCACAGACAUUAAGGAGAUCCCACUCUGGAUCUACAGCCUAAAAAACUUGAGUGAGCUGCACCUGACUGGUAACCUGAGUGCCGAGAACAACCGUUACAUCGUCAUCGAUGGCCUGCGGGAACUCAAGAGACUCAAAGUGCUGAGGCUGAAGAGCAACCUGACGAAGCUCCCCCAGGUGGUGACGGAUGUGGGAGUCCAUCUCCAAAAGCUGUCCGUCAACAACGAGGGCACCAAGCUGAUGGUGCUCAACAGCCUCAAGAAAAUGGUCAACCUGACGGAACUUGAGCUGAUCCGCUGUGACCUGGAGCGUAUCCCUCACUCCAUCUUCAGCCUUCACAACCUCCAGGAGAUCGACCUGAAGGACAACAAUCUGAAGACCAUCGAGGAAAUCAUUAGCUUCCAGCACCUUCACCGUCUUGUUUGCCUUAAACUCUGGUACAACCAAAUUGCCUACAUCCCCAUCCAGAUUGGCACACUCACCAACUUGGAGCGGCUCUACCUGAACCGCAACAAGAUCGAGAAGAUCCCUAGCCAGCUCUUCUUCUGUCGGAAGCUGAGGUUCCUGGACCUGAGUCACAACAACCUGACAUACAUUCCAGCAGACAUCGGCUUCUUACAGAACCUCCAGUACUUUGCUGUGACUGCAAAUAGGAUUGAGAAUCUCCCUCCCGAACUGUUCCAGUGCAAGAAGCUGCGAACCCUCAACUUGGGGAACAACUGCCUGCAGUCUCUUCCCUCGCGUUUCGGGGAGCUGACCAGCCUGACCCAGCUGGAGUUACGCGGGAACAGGCUGGAGUGUCUGCCGGUGGAGCUCGGGGAGUGCCGGCUGCUCAAGCGCAGUGGGGUCAUCGUGGAGGAGGACCUCUUCAACACCCUGCCCUCCGAGGUCAAGGAGCAGCUUUGGAGGGCCGACAAGGAGCAGGCCUGAGCAUGAAGGUCCAGGCAUAGCACGGCUGGGUACACGAAAAGGACGCAACGGCCAGUCUAACCAGGGUCAGCCCCAGGCAAAGAGCAGAGGGACAGGCAUGGACAGGAAGGGCAGCUUUUCGACGAGCAAGCUACGCUGGAGCAAAAGGCAUCAAAACUACACAGAUCCGGGCCCUGCAGUUGUAUUACAUUGCUUGUUUACUUUCAAACAAGAGGGAACAUUGAUCCUGGAGGAAUACUUUUAAGCACACUAACUAGGAGACAUGACUGGGAAGCCAUAUUGCUUAAGGCAAAAAAAGAGGUGCUUCUGUCAUGUAAUCAGUUAGAAGGGCAGAAGUGCGAGUGCUAAUUUUGGCCACAGUGCAGAGGGCACAGCUCCUCGCUGACUGCUUUUAAGGCUGUGCACGCGGCCUUCCUUUGUGAAUAUUCAUCUGCAAUUCAGAUGUUCAAACUGAGCGCCUGGAUGCAGACACAAGAGGGCUUCAAGAGACUUCAUUCUCUGUUCAUGGGCGUUCAUUUUAAGGAGAAUGGAGUGUUUGAGAGGCUUUUUCGGGGUCUGAGAGCAGGGGAGCGUAGGAAUAUAGAAACAUUGGCCCCCAGAUACUGUCCCAGGGACUUCUAUGAAAUGAGCAGCGGCAGGACAAUCCUGUAUAUAAUAAUCACAUUACACUGUCUUGGAGAGGGGAAGCAAACUAGACGCACAGUGGCAACAAACGGGCAUUGUGAUCUAAAGAACACUAAUUUUCUACCAUCUCCAUGGCAACCAAGAAGAGACGAGAAAUACCACAGCUGUAGAACGUGAAAAGUAGGCCCGUGUGUAUGUAUGUAUGACAGGUGAACACAGUAAAGCCUGACUGCAGUGCAUGUAUGCAGAUAGCAGCAGAAUUCUUUUCCCCAUGGAUGUUGGAUUUAAUUGUGUUGAUUUAAUCUUUCCUCUACCUGCCUUCUUUUGGUAGGGAAUUAUGUACCAGGGUAGCAAGAUUGUCAUAUACAGUAUGACCUAUAUACAACUACGUGUAAUAACGGAUAUCCCCGCUCGAUGAUAAUUUUAGUAUGUUCCUUAUUCCCAGAUGCUUGAGUCAUGCUGCUUCUAAUUGAAUUUCUGUAUUAAAAGCUAGAGAAUUCUGCAGUUGUGGGAGCUAUACUAUAAGAAGCAAUACAGGUACAUACCGGUUGUAUUCAGAUGUCUUUCAUGACCAGUAUUUAAAAGCACGGCAUAUAUGAUUUUCUGAUCAUAAGAAAGAUGAUGUAAUUGUUGCUUCUGAGGGAUAAUACAUUAUGUGCCAUUUAGGCCAGAAGGUGGGAGUGUAGAGAUGCUAUCAUUAGUGCAAAAUUAGUUUACAGACUGUAAAGUUUAACACUAUUUACAGGCCUUAUUCUGUUUCUUGGCCUCCAGUUGUAGUAUUUUGUUUUUAAUUCUUUAACAAACAUCCUUAAAGAAACUGGAUACACAAUAUCCAGUAUCUGGAUACACACACCUCUGAACAAUACAGCGUUUAUACAUAUAUAAGCAUCUAAAGGAUAUGAAUAGAUUCGUUCAGUUCACACAGUGUUUUACCUUGCUUGUUUGCUUUCACGGAUCAGAGUCCUCAAAACGCACUGUGCUGCAGAGGACUUUGAAGACCAGCUGAUAUCUCAUGUAACUAAGAUUUGCCUUAAUUUAAGUACUGCGUGCUGUUUGUCUGAAAUGUAUGGAAAAGACCAGAAUUUUAAUGUUUUUUUGUUUAAAUACAACUAUUUUUUAAAGAUGAAUGUUUUUAACAAUACCCUGUCGUACCAGCACUGGACGCUCCUGGGAUUAUGAAGACUUCAAGAAUGUUUCUUUUAUGUUCUAAGGGAGGGUAGAGGUCAGUGUUAAAAAGACACAAGGAGCAGUGAAAAUUGGUGAGCCUCUGAAAAUCAAAAACAAUUCUGUGGUGAGCAACUUGGGUGUUUAAAGCUGUAGGCGGCAGACACCAUUUUUAAAUGUUUUAUUCCAAACAGUCAUAAGGGCAUGUUUGUGAGGUUAAGAUUUUGAGUACUUGCAAAAGUCUUCAUUGGGAACAUGUUUAAAUGCCCAAAGAAUGAACAAAAAAUCUGUCCUAUGUGGGCAAGCAGCAGAAGGCGUUUGUAGAGCAAAAGAACAAAACUACAAAAUGUUCCACUCUCACUGUGGAGGCUGAGAGAUGGACAUUUAAAUGAGCUCUCUUUUUAAUAAAUGACCUUGGGGCCUGAGGGAAAAUACCCUUUGAUCCAUCUCAUGUCAUAGGCUGUGCUUGGAGCACUGCAGUCAUUCAUAAUUCCAGUUGAGGCCUUUCUUAGAAAUGCAGGACUCUCACAAUGUUUUUUUCAUACAAGACUCGCUGACUUCAUAUCAAGUGCGGCUUUUUAAUGAAGUUCGUAACCUUGUACAGUAUAUCAUUGUGUUGAUUCAGACACAGUUUGUGAAGUCCAAAUGUGUAAACUUUACACUUUGGUUUGAAAAAGUAUCACUAAGUACAACUAUUAUACAUAUGUUUGCAAAAUCAAUGAUUCUGUAUCGAUUGGUAGAUGCAACUUACAUUUAGUGAGCAAUUCUGUUUGUUGAAAUUCUCUCACACAUUAUAAUUUGUUUUGUACCAUAACACAGAACCCUUCUUAAUUUUUGACGGUUCUUCCUAGCAUUUUUUUCCUUGAGCAAAUAAUCCAACUUCUUUCUCAUAAGAACUAAAAAGUUAUUUAUUUUUAAGUUGCAUCUUUUAAUUUUUUUAUCAUUUUAGGAUGUGAGCACACUUGAACAGAAAGGAUUAAAAGACCAUGUUUAACUGAAA